AUGCUUUUCCGUAGGCCGCCCUGGUUCCUCUUCAGUCAUCACAGCAGGAGAUGGAGGAAAGAUGAAAGGAGGAAUGGAGGGGGAGAGGAGAGGAAUGGAGGGGGAGAGGAGAGGUAGGGAGGGAGGGGAGGACAGGACGGGGAAGGGGAGGACAGAAGGACUGAAGAGAAGAUGAUGGAAUAAGAUGAGAGGAGAGGAAAGGUGUAGGUUCCUGUCGAGUUGAGAGGAGAGAAGGUUUACAACAAACAGCAUCUAAAGCAGAAAAGUAUUUCCUCUUCCCUCUUCUUUGGUCUUUCAUUCCUUUUUUCGUGCCUCAACACUUACCUCUCCCCAGCAGGGAGGAGCAGGACCAGGAAGCUAUGACUCCUGGCUUUAUAACAAGUCAGGCUUUUAUAGGACAGGAAGUCCAGUCUGGCCUUCACCUACUGUACAGCACCACUACAGGCUUCUAUCUCUGAUUUAUGUCAUCAGGGAGGGUUGCUGUGGUGGUGUUUUAUCCUCUCUCUCUCUCUCUCUCUCUCGCGCGCGCUUUCAUUUCUCUCACUCUUUAUCUCGCUGUCAUACCCCCUCUCUCUCUUUCUUGUCCCCAGUCAGAUCUACUGCAUAGAGAAUGCUCACGGGCAGCUGGUUCGAGACCUGGACUUCAAUCCUAACAAACAGUACUACCUGGCCAGCUGUGGGGAUGACUGUAAGGUCAAAUUCUGGGAUGUGAGAAACAUCAACGAGCCAGUCAAGAACCUGGAGGAGCACUCCCACUGGUGGGCACCUGUCCUGCACUGUAGACACACACACACACAUAUACACACACAGGACAUGCAUGCAUACACACACACACACAGUCACACACAGGACACAAGCACACACACAGCAGAUAUAUCCCCAUUCUUCCCAUCUUUGUGGCAUACAGUGCAUUCGGAAAGUAUUCAGAACCCUUUACUUUUUCCACAAUAUGUUACAGCCUUAUUCUAAAAUGGUUUAAAUUGUUUUUUUCACCUCAUCAAUUUACACACAAUACCGUAUAAAAACCGGAAAUAUCACAUUUACAUAAGUAUUCAGAUCCUUUACUCAGUACUUUGUUGAAGCACCUUUGGCAGCGAUUACAGCCUCAAGUCUUCUUGGGUAUGACGCUACAAGCUUGGCACACCUGUAUUUGGGGAGUUUCUCCCAUUCUUCUCUGCAGAUCCUCUCAAGCUCUGUCAGGUUGGAUGGGGAGCGUCGCUGCACAGCUAUUUUCAGGUCUCUCCAGAGAUGUUCGAUCGGGUUGAAGUCCGUGCUCUGGCUGGGCCACUCAAGGACAUUCAGAGACUUGACCCGAAGCCACUCCUGUGUUGUGUUGGCUGUGUGCUUAGGGUUGUUGUCCUGUUGAAAGGUGAGUCUUCGCCCCAAUCUGAGGUCCUGAGGGCUCUGGAGCAGGUUUUCAUUAAGGAUCACUCUGUACUUUGCUCCGUUCAUCUUUCCCUCGAUCCUGACUAGUCUCCCAGUCCCUGCUGCUGAAAAACACACAGCAUGAUGCUGCUACCACCAUGCUUCACCAUGAUGCUUGGCGUUCAUCAGACCAGAGCAUCUUGUUUUUCAUGGUCUGAGAGUCCUUUAGGUGCCUUUUGGCAAACUCCAAGCGGGCUGUCAUGUGCCUUUUACUGAGGAGUGGCUUCCAUCUGGCCACUCUACCAUAAAGGCCUGAUUGGUGGAGUGCUGCAGAGAUGGUUGUCCUUCUGGAAGGUUCUCCCAUCUCCACAGAGGAACUAGGGAGCUCUGUCAGAGUGACAGCAGAGAAACAAAGCCCAUAUCCAUCUCAAUUACAACAUACACAAGUACUGAAGAGCCAGAGGGCAGGUUGCCAUUUAUUGUCAUGACUUUUGCCCUAGAAGCAUCUCUGCAGAGUGGUCAUUAGCUGGCACAGCCACAAAGUCAUAAAAUCUGAUUUCCAACCUAACCUUAACCACACUGCUACCCCUACCCUUAACCAAAAAGCAAAUGUUUGUUUUCAUACAUUUUUACGUAAUAGCCAAUUUUGACUUUGCAGUUGGCCCAUCUAGCAUAAAUGGCUCAGUUCUGCCUCCAGGACAAUAAUAAUAAUAAUAAUAAUAAUUGGUCAUUUAGCAGACGCUCUUAUCCAGAGCGACUUACAGGAGCAAUUAGGGUUAAGUGCCUUGCUCAAGGGCACAUCGACAGAUUUUUCACCUAGUCGGCUCGGGGAUUAGAACCAGCGACCUUUCGGUUACUGGCACAACGCUCUUAACCACUAAGCUACCUGCCGCCCUCAUGACAAUAAACGUCACCCUGCACAAAAGGCUAAGAGAGAUGUAUAGAUACUAAAAUAGGAUGGAUUAAAAACACCCAUUCACUGAUUCUUUGUGUGUGCCCAGGGUGUGGAGCGUGCGUUACAACCACUCUCAUGACCAGCUGGUGCUGACCGGCAGCAGUGACAGCAGGGUGAUUCUGUCCAACAUGGUGUCCAUCUCCUCUGAGCCCUUCGGUCACCUGGUGGACGACGAUGACCUCAGCGACGGAGAGGACAACCACCAGGACGAGAAGUAUGGACACUAAGUCAAAACUGUUAACACUGUCCACUUUCUGACACAUCUGUCCACUCAUUCACAACUGUCAACACUGUCCACUUUCUGACACAUCUGUCCACUCAUUCACAACUGUCAACACUGUCCACUUUCUGACACAUCUGUCCACUCAUUCACAACUGUCAACACUGUCCACUUUCUGACAUAUCUGUCCACUCAUUCACAACUGUCAACACUGUCCACUUUCUGACACAUCUGUGCAGAACUGUCCCCCCUUAUAGCCAUGCUGGACCAGUCUCAGCCAUAACUGUCCACUGUCAUUACUGUAUCGAUCAUCUCAUGUUCAGUGCAAUAGUUGUCCAGAUAUAAGCAAUCAUAUUUUUGAUACAUUUGAUCUAGAUUCAGCUCUGUACUCUUGUCUUCAUGAACUUCUGCUAUUCUUUGCCAUGCCCUAUUUUGUGUAAAGGAAGCCAGGGUCAGCUGUGUGGAGAAGUACUGUACCUGGUGUAAUCACAACCAGACCUUGAACAGAAACACAGAGACUGAGUAAUAUAACUAGACCUUUGUUUGUGUGUGGUAGGUAGCCUUGUUCUUAACUCUCCAUAAUCAACUCGCCUCACCCCUGUGUGUGUGUUUGUGUUCUAGGAGUAAGGAGCCCCUGCAGGACAGUAUCAUCUCUACCUAUGAGGAGCAUGAGGACAGUGUGUACGCGGUGGAGUGGUCCUCGGCAGACCCAUGGCUCUUUGCCUCACUCAGCUACGACGGCAGACUGGUCAUCAACAGGGUCCCCCGCGCACUCAAAUACCAUAUCCUGCUCUAG